AGGAAGACAUAUAUAGGAGAAUUGUGUUAACUGGAAUUCGUUGCAUUAAUAACAAUAAUUUAUUUUACAUUAUAGGUGAUAUCUUUGGGGCAGUGGAAGAGAGCCAUGGAUAAUUUGAAAUUGAUCUUUCUUUUGCUCUGUUGUGGGGGGAGUUUUUGUACCACAACUAUGAACACGCGAAUAUUCUCUAUGGAAUCAGAAUCAAAUUCAUGCAUCUCCCAAACAGAGUCUUCAUCACUGACAUAUUUGGUGGACACAACUGGAUCUAUGUCAGAAGACCUUUCUCAGCUGAAGUUGGUCAAUGGUUGGCUCCUGGAUAGUGUGUCAGCUCGAUUCCCUUGUGGAGUUCGGCAGUAUACAAUGGUUGAAUUCAAUGACCCAACCACUGGACCUGUUCAAAUCACAUCCUCAAAGGCUGAGUUUGGAGAAUUUUUCAAUAACCUUACGGUACAUGGAGGCGGAGAUUGUCCAGAACUGGCAAUUACAGGACUCAAAAUGGCUUUGGAAGCAUCACCUGCUAAAUCCUUCAUUCUGGUUCUAACAGACGCUUCUGCAAAAGAUUAUAAUGAUGAAUCUUUAAAAAAUGAUGUCCUUUCCCUUAUAGCCCAAAAAGAGUCACAGAUCUUCUUUCUGAUCACUGGCCUUUGCUCUGAUGUGAAUGACCCUCAGUUCCUCGUUUACAGAGAAAUUGCAUUUCAAAGUUUUGGACAUGUAUUUCAAGUCAGUCUUUCAGAACUGGGGAAAGUGUUUCACUACUUGGACUUCACACUUUCACGGCCAGUUAACAGUUCAACACAACUGUUCUCUGGAGAAUACAAUGGGGGUCAGCAUUCAGACAGUUUUGCUGUUCAUUAUAACCUCACGGAAUUAAUUGUAACCAUGGAUGGGUUGAUUAACUUCAUAAAAUUUUACAGACCUCAAGGAGUUCCCAUAAAUUCUAAAAUAAUUGUGUCUGAAAUUUGGGGAUCCAUGCACCGUAUUAAUAAUCCUGUAAUAGGGAAUUGGAAUUUUAACGUGAGUGGUCAUGGUGCAUUUUCUGUACGUGUUGAAGGUUUUAAAGCUACAAAUAUUUCAGCUGCAGGAAACUGUUCGGAAUGUCAUCCGGAUGCAAUUUGUGAAGAACGCUCUGAUGUUCGACAGUGUUCCUGCAAGGAUGGGUUCGUUGGUGAUGGAUUUUCUUGCUCUGACAUUGAUGAAUGUGCUUAUUCCUGGUCAAACAACUGUUCUUCUACAGAUAUCUGUCUUAACACAUUUGGUUCAUACACAUGUGACUGCAGAAAUGGUUACAUCAAAAGCUUUAGAAAUAUUUGCAUUGAUGUAGACGAAUGUGUAAACUCUUCUCUAAAUCGCUGUGAUGUCUUCGCAACAUGCUCAAAUCAUGUUGGUGGCUAUUCCUGCACUUGCCGACUUGGCUACUAUGGAGAUGGCUUUGCUUGUAAAUUUGAUGAAUGCACAACAAAUGUGUGUGGUGAGGGGAUGGAAUGUAUCAAACACCAUGAAUCUUACGAGUGUUCUGAUCCGUGCUUUAACUACACAUUACUCAACGAACCGUGGAGAAGCGCAACCAGUUCAGUAGGUUCUAUAUGUGACAUUGAUAAAUUUGGAUGGCACAGAUUCACAGGCAGUGGUGGAAUUCGUAUGCCUGAGUUUUGUGUGCCUCAAGAGAGAUGCGGUACCAAUGCUCCAUUGUGGUUAAAUGGAACUCAUCCUUUGCCAUCUGAAGGAAUUGUGAAUUACACUGCUUGUGCUCAUUGGAAUGGAGACUGUUGCCUUUGGUCCUCAUUUGUACAAAUCAAGGCAUGUCCUGGUGGUUACCACGUGUAUAAACUUAAUGGAACCCCAUACUGCAGCCUUGCAUAUUGCACAGAUCCGUCUUCCAUUAUUGAUACAUGCAAAUGUGCUGCUGAUGAGGAAUGUGUCCUAACAAAUGGAACCUACAGCUGUUACUGCAGAGACAGACAUGAAAUCUUAGAUUUAGAGGACUUAGACGUGGAGCUGACAUGCAGUACGCUUGAGAUGAAAGCUUCUUUUCCAACGUGUCAACUGAAGAAUCUUAAUUUUAACAUCAAGAGUGUGCACCUCUCAGACGUCAACUGUGUGGGAUUUAAAGAUGGUAACAACACAGGUCUGAUUUCUGCUUUGUCUCCACUGGGAGAUGGCAAAUGUGGAACACAAUUGCAUAACAAUGGAACACACGCAAUCUACAGCAACACACUGUAUAUGCUACUGGAAACAGACCAGAUAAUUAUUAGAACUCAUGACGUUCAAAUCAACUUUUCUUGUGCAUAUCCACUGAAUAUUAAACUCAGCCUUGAGCCAUCACUGAGACCUAUCCUAAGCUCAGCAAAUAUAUACAUCGGUGGAACAGGACAGUUUAAGGCUGAAAUGGCACUCUACCAUGAUCACAAUUACCUCUUGCCGUAUACAGGGACAGAAGUCACACUUUCAACAUCAUCAACAUUGUACGUUGAGGUCCGUCUUCAGGGAGCAGGCACAUCUCAGUAUGCAUUGGUAAUGAAAAACUGUUAUGCCACUCCUACAAGAAAUGAUGACGAUCCCGUGAAGUAUCACAUAAUUAAAGAAAGAUGCCCAAACAGACAGGAUACAACCAUCAAGGUACCGGAAAAUGGAGUUUCUACAAGAGGACGGUUUUCUGUUCAGAUGUUCAAAUUUGUUGGAAAUUAUGACCUUGUUUACCUGCAUUGUGAAAUUAAUAUUUGUGAUACAAGGAGACGAUCAUGCAAACCUUCUUGCUCAGGAGUUCGGUCUCGCAUGGCUGUGAAUGAUGAUGGAAAAGUUGUUCUCGAUUUGGGACCCAUAAGGCGUUCAGAUUAUUUGAUUCUAUCAUCAUCCACUGAUGGUGUCUAUUCUUCUUGGCCUCUAGUGACAUCACUUAUUCUGUGCUGUGUCAGGAUAUUAAAUAUGUAAUAAUUUUGUUUGGCUUUGAGUUUGAAGAUACUUUCUGAAUUGCAUGGGUGUAGGGAGACAAAUAAAUCUAAGGGCAAAGAAAUGGACAAUCUUCCCUACCCUUUGCAUGCGAGAUAGCAUCACACCACGGUUUUGUAUAAAAGUACACACUUAUAUAGUAUGUAUGAACCAAAUAUACUAAAUGGUAUUUUUUUUUUCUUGUAAUGGUACAUUAUCUUGACAUGAAUACUAGAUUUCUAAAUCGAGGCCAAAAUGACUUA